GGCCACAAGCAGGUGAUCGAUGGCGUGAUCGCCCGUCUGGACCAGUCCGAGGUCCACCUGAAGGAGGAGGCCCCUGCGGAGGCGAGUGUCGUCGAGAGUGUGGCUGCGAUCGAGGGGGCGUUUGCUUCGUCCCCUGCCGUCGUCGCGCGCGGCUUGCCCGCCACGACCACCCCCACCACAGUGAUGGAGACGCCGUUGAAGCGAGCUGCCACCUCACAGCCGGAGGUCGUCGGGCUUGCCGUCAAGCGGAUGCGCUUCGAGGAUCAGUUGCCGCAGCUGUUGUGCAAGUGGCGGCUGGACGAGCACCAGGAAAUCAAGCCCGAGGAGUGGAACCGCCGCAGGCCCGAGAGUUACCGUCGUCGGGUCUCGGCCGAGGUGCUGUCGGAGAUCUACUCAGCGAGGAAGACGGCCGAUGCCUGGGCGCGCGACUUCAUCCGGUACCGUGGGUUGAACGAUGGUCACAUGGCGCGGGAGAUGAUCACGGCCUUCGUCGCGGUGGACACGCCGGUGAUGACCGACCGCCAGAAGGGCCUCGUCAACCUGGUGAGCUUCGAGUGGCUGGCGCGAAUGGUGUGCGCUAUCGUGAGGGUCGACCGCAACGUCCACAGCCGCGACGACGGGAGGCGUCUCAAUGCUGCCAAGAACUGGAAGUCGGAGUUGGACUGGGAGGCGGCGCACCGCUUGGACCCGCAGUUUACCGACGAGAGUACUAUUCGGGCGAUGAUCGUCGAGGAAGAGAUGAAGAGGGCCAUGGGUCGCGACGCGGAGCUGAUGGAGGCGCCCGCCGACCUAGACGGUGGUGCGGAAGCCCCGCCGUGA